GCGUCGUUGAGCCUCCGCGGUUCCUCCUGCAGAAGCAAGACGGCGCCGUGGGUCGUGGUGGUCUGGUUGUCGAGGUGGAUGCGAGUCGGCGUCAUAUCAGCGAAUAGCACACAAAUCAAUUGACCACCCCUACAAUAUAUACAAACAUUGAAAGCAUCAUGUCUUUCGAUACAGCGCGCGUUCAGGCUGCUUCAAGCAAACAUCCAAAGCCAGCGUAUACAUUCAGCUAUGGCACCUCUGGCUUCAGGACCAAAGCUGAUCUCCUUGACAGCGUCGUAUUCCGUGUCGGCAUGCUGGCUGUGCUGCGGUCAAAGAAACUGCAUGGCCAAGUAGUCGGCGUGAUGAUUACAGCUUCGCACAAUCCCGCUAUUGACAAUGGAUGCAAGAUGAUUGACCCGAAUGGCGACAUGCUCGAUAUCGCAUGGGAGCCGCAUGCCAAUACGCUUGCCAAUGCAGCCGACAAUCAAGUUCUCAAGACGUUGGAGAUGCUGAUUGACAAAUUCAAGAUUGAUAUGGACGUGGAAGCUAAAGUCAUCUACGGUGUUGAUACGCGGCCAUCCUCGAUACCCUUGGCACAGAGCCUCGCUGAAGGCAUUGUCGCUCUGGGCGGCACACCGCAAGACUUUGGACUCAAGGCGACACCGCAGCUUCACUACCUCGUGCGAUGCGUCAAUACGGAGAAUACACCAGCAAGCUAUGGUGAGCCAACGGAGCAAGGCUAUUACCUCAAGUUUGCAACUGCCUUUCGUCAAUUGAUGAAGGGCAAAGCUAAAGCAGACAAGCUCUACAUCGAUUGUGCCAAUGGCGUCGGCGCACCUAAAUUGAAGGAGUUCAAAAAGGUCGUGGGUGAUGAUUUAUUUGAUAUUCAAGUGGUCAAUGACAAGAUUGACGAUGCAACUGUGCUCAAUUUGAACUGUGGUGCCGAUUACUGCAAAACACAGCUCAAGAUGCCUGCUGGCAUGAGCGUGCCUGCAGGCACUCGAUGUGCUUCUUUUGAUGGCGAUGCAGACCGUUUGGUCUACUACUACGUUGACCCAGAGACUGACAAGUUUUGCAUUCUCGAUGGUGACAAGAUUGCCACGCUCGCAGCAGAAUUCAUCCAGGAUUUGUCCAAGCAAGCUGGUGUCUCGCUUGGUGUUGGUGUCGUGCAGACAGCCUAUGCAAAUGGCGCAUCAACAGCCUAUCUCGAGAAAUCACUCGGUGUCCCUGUCUUGUGUACGCCUACAGGUGUCAAGCACUCGCACCACGCUGCACAGCAAUUUGACAUUGGCAUUUACUUUGAAUCAAACGGCCACGGCACCGUCUUGUUCUCACAAAGCACAUUAGCAACGCUGCAAGCCCACGAAGCACAGAGCCCUGCACAGCAAUCUGCCUUGGCGUGCUUGCGAGCCAUGUCAGAGCUCAUCAACCAAACAGUUGGUGAUGCCUUGUCUGAUUUACUCAUGGUGGAAGCCAUCUUGGCACAUAAGGGAUGGACUGCCGCGCAGUGGGAUGCAUGCUAUACUGACUUGCCUAAUCGGUUGAUGCGCGUGGUGGUGAAGGAUCCAAGCAUCUACAAGACUACGGAUGCUGAGCGUCGUUUGACAGAGCCUGUUCAGGUGCAAGAGAAGAUUGAUGCUUUGGUGAGCAAGCACCCGCAUGCACGCUGCUUUGUUAGGCCGAGUGGGACGGAGGCGUGUGUUAGGCUGUAUGCUGAAGCUCAGGAACAGGUGCAGGCAGAUGCAAUUGCCCUGGACAUUGCAGGCUGCUUGUGACGCGAUACGAAGCUGUAAAGUCGCAGUGGAUCACAAAUGUCUUACAGGCCUCCUCCCUUGCAGGCAGCCUGUGAGCAUGCAAAGAAGGGAAUGAUG